GACAAUUCCUAAUACGGAGUAAAACUAUUGUGUUGUUUGGGCCUAAUUUAGUUUCACCUAACUCUACCAUAUAACUAUUGCUUAUUUGACCCAAACAUUUCACAUCCGUAUGAAUCCGCUUUAAACCAAUUAACCUGUUUCAACCCGCUAUUCCGCUAAACUGUCAACCCGACCCCAAACUAAAUUGCAGAUCCAAAUUUCAUUUACAUACCUUCUCCCCUCCCUAAAAGUUAGACUUUGGACAUUUCACAGCCAAUACAUUUCAACAAGAAAAAAGUAAAAAGGUCAAAAUGAGACGGCAAACUGAAGUUUCCAACAUGAUUACCCUUCCUUUAUUUCUUUUCACAUAAUUUAAGGUCAAAACAACAACUUUCCUUUCCUUUUUUCAACACAACAAAUUACACCAACAACAAAAUCAAAACCAAUACAUAACCCAUCAUACUCACAUUAUACACAAAGCUAGCAUUCUUCUUCUCUGUUUUCCUCUUUCAUGCAACACAAAAUAUGGGGAACAUCUGUACAUGCCUUUCCUACGAAGACAUACACAACAAAAAACAAAACCCAAAACGCCAAUACAAUCGAUCAACCUCCGCCCCUGCCACCACCACCAGCAACAGCAACCGUUGGUCGAGGAUUCGAUCGUCAAGACGAGAAAAUUUUAAGUUUGAUGACCCUGUUCUUCAUCAACAAGCUCUUGCCGCUGCUGCAAUCAUUCUAGAGCAGCAGCGGCAAGAGCAGCGUAAUGGCGAGACGGGUUUAUCAUUUGACCGAUCAACCUCUUUAAGAUACCCUGGUAGUUCUAAACACAAUAAUUGUAAUAAUAAAAAUGGUGGUAUUACUUUGCCUCGUAGUUCUAGUACUCGUGCUCGUUCUCUUACUGACCCUCUUCUUCAACCUCAUCAGCUUCUUAAUCAGGAUGCAGGACUUGAUGGCUUGGAAACUAAUAAAUUUGUGCUUGUCCACGGAGGUGGUUUUGGUGCUUGGUGUUGGUAUAAGACCAUUGCGCUACUGGAAGAAGGUGGUUAUAAGGUUACAGCUAUAGACUUGACUGGUUCUGGAAUUCAUUCAUCGGAUACCAAUGGCAUUACAAGUCUUGCACAAUAUGUGAAGCCACUUACUGACUUUCUCGAGAAACUUGCUGAUGGAGAAAAGGUGAUUUUGGUAGGACAUGAUUUUGGUGGUGCUUGCAUAUCAUAUGCCAUGGAAUUGUUUCCAUCUAAAGUGUCAAAAGCUGUUUUCAUUGCUGCAACAAUGUUGAAUAAUGGCCAAAGUGCUCUUGAUAUCUUCUCACAGCAGGAAGAGGCCAAGGAUUUAAUGAAGCAGGCACAAGUUUUCCUUUAUGCAAAUGGAAACAAUAAUCCUCCAACUGCUAUUGAUCUUGACAAGUCAUUGCUGAAGGAGUUGCUAUUUAAUCAAAGCCCGUCCAAGGAUGUUGCACUGGCAUCUGUGUCAAUGAGGCCAAUACCAUUUGCACCUGUUUUAGAAAAGCUGUCUCUCACAGAUAAGAACUACGGUUCUGUACGACGCUUUUACAUAGAAACUACAGAAGAUAAUGCAAUAGCUCUCGCUUCACAAGAACACAUGACAAAGGCAGCCCCUCCUGAACAAGUCUUGCGUCUCAAAGGUGCAGAUCAUUCACCCUUCUUUUCGAAACCACAAGCUUUACACAGACUCUUGAUUGAGGUCUCAAAGGUUCCUUAAGUUUGUAACUACUUUCUGCCCUAUGCUAAUUUGAAGUGACAUUUUGUUAAUGCCAUUGCCCUUUUAGCACAUGAAUACAAGUAGAUGCGGUGUUCAAAUUGUAUAGGUGGUUAUUCCGAGAGCUUAUAAUGUAGUUUUACGUCUCUAAACUUUUGUUGAUGCAAUCCUUGACAAAUUUUGAGUAUUUUGGCCAAGGUUAUUAGCACCAACUACUACUAGGUUCAAUGUUGAAAUGAGUAGAGAUGACAAGUUAAAUUUGAAAAUCUUUGUGAAUAAUUUAAUAACAUCCGUAUCGAUUUUCCCAUGGCUUGAA